CUCAGUUUAGACACAAGCGGUGUAGCUAGGCUGGCUAACAGAUAAUCUUAGAGCUAUGAACUAACCUCCGUAUAACGGCAGCGUUUUAACGAGUUCAACUUUGAGAUUGUUUAGACGUUCGUCUCUAUAUAAUCACAUUUAGUUUGUUGCGAUUCCGCAUCGUGGCCUCGAGUGAAGGUUCAAUCACCCGUUUUCCGUCGCACCAGCACAGACUGCGAGCUAGCUAACUUAGUUAGGUUGACGUUAGCUGCACAGCCACCAUGGCUGAAUUUGGGUUCAACGAACACCAUCAGAAUGAGGUCAUCAAUUACAUGCGAUUUGCACGUUCAAAGAGGGUCCUGAGGCUCAAGACUAUUGAUUCGUGCUUCGAGGAACUCAAAGACAGCAGGCUCGUGGAUGAAACCUUCACAGUGGACGAGGUGAGGGAGAUGCUGGACGGGCUGCAGGCUGUGGUGCGUGGGGAGGUGGAGAUGGAGCUCAUCAACACAGCCCACACCAAUGUGCUGCUGCUCAGGCAGCUUUUCUCCCAGGCUGAGAAGUUUUACCUUCGACUGCAGAGCGAUAUAUCAGAACUGGAGAAUAGAGAGCUGUUAGAACAAGUGGCUGAAUUUGAGAAGACUGACUUUAAAUCCGCGGAUAAGAUUAACCAGGAAAUAAGCAAACCCAAGUUAGCGCCGUUGAAUGAAGGUGGGGUUUCUGAACUUCUCAACAAGGAGAUAGCGAGACUACAGGAGGAGAACAACAAACUGAAAGCAAGGCUGCGUUCCAUAGAAUCACAGGCCAUGAGUGCACUAGAUGAGAAAACCAGGGCAGAGAGAGCUUUGAAGGAUCUGCAGAAGGUGCAAGGUGAACAGCAGCUUGCUGCUCAAUCCCAGGAGAUCAACAGUCUGGAGGACACAGUGGCGUCUCUGAAAGACGACUACGAAAGGUCGCUCAGUGCCAACGCUGCGUCCCAGAAGGACCUUCAGGAGACCCUGGUGUCUGCCAAGCACGAGCUGCUCCGAGUGCAGGAGCAGCUGUCCUUGGCAGAGAAGGAGUUGGACAAGAAGUUCCAGCAGACUGCAGCGUACCGCAACAUGAAGGAAAUCCUGACCAAGAAAAAUGAGCAGAUCAAAGAAAUUAGGAAACGGUUGCAGAGAUACGAGCCCAGCGAAUGAGUCUCGUCCCAGAACAUCGGCUCGAGCACGUGUUUUUCGGGCUGUAGGGGAGGACCAACGACGAUAAAACACUUAAGACACGGAAGAGACACAGAAAAAAAGCAUUUUCCGUGAGGAAAUUGUGCUUCAUGUGGCAUCUUUUUAUUUUUUUUUAGUAGAUCCAGGGUUCAAGAGCGGGAAGGUUGAGAGUAAACCCAUAUGAACACACAAAUGAUAUAGUAAGAACAGAUUUGUUUGUGGACAAAUCAAAACAUACGACAGUGACAUCAUUAGAUUUGGGAAUCGGUUAAUCAAGACGAUUACAGAGAGAUGAACUGAUCAUGAUUUUUCUUCUGUGCUUGUUUUCUGCGUCUCCAUAUGAAGCGGACGUCCGUCACUGCUCUAUGCAAAUGCUACCAUGUCCCUGUUUGAAGAGGCCUUGUCCAUUUUUCGCACCGUCUACAGCUUUGCACUCUGAUCUAUUAUCAGGUGGAUGUCAGUGAUGUUUAGCAUUAAAAGACUGGGUUAUUGGUUCUCGGUAUUAUCUUGAUUUUAGUCAUUUGUCUCUGUAUUGUCGUUCAAGCAAACCCUAAGAUAGUUUAUAGUUUGUUAUUAGAGUAAUGCUUCCUCAAUGGUUUAAAGGCAUCGCUUUCAUUUUGUUUUUCCACUAAACAUUUCAUUGCGUCAGACAAAAAGAUAUUUCCAAUGAUCUGACAUUCUGUGAAAGUCUGAUCAUUGGAAAUAUACAACAUUUCUCUCUCUGCUCUUGUGUAUCCAAUGACAUUAAUAGUGACCUAGAUUAAAUUCCCUACUUCCCUAAAUGAAGGGAAGUAUACAGAAUAUUUUGUCUGGUAACUUCUGUGUACUUUCUGUUAUGCUGUGAGUGAAAAAUAAAAAUGAAUAUAAUAUACAUGAUGUUCAUGAAGUAAUGCUCUUGUAGAGUGUGAUACAUCAGCCCUACAGAAUAUUACACUUAGAUGUGUGCAUUGUGCAAAGUACGAGGAAAUAAAAGCUGUUACCAAAUACA